UGUAGUGAGGGGGUUUGAGGCAAAACUUCCAUGGAAACUUCUCUGAGAACUUGUAAGACUUGCCUUCAGGCUCUGCACCUAACAAUAGGGCUGCAUCAUGUGUAUGGCAACCCUAGAAGAUGUCAGGGGAGUGUGUCCUGAGUCUAUGUGAGGGCUUCUAGCUCCACACUUCCAGCCAUGGCUAGCAAUAGCUGCUCCUCUGAUGUAGUCCUGACCUUCUCAGUAGACUCCCUCCAGGUGGUCCCUGGUCUGCUGGCCACUGCUGUGGUGCUGGGCAUUGUGACUGGGGGGGUGGCUGCAGGACUCCUGUGUUGGUAUGUGCUUCUUCCCCUGCUCUCCAGGAAGGUAAAGGAGAAAGUUGUGACCUCUGUGGAAGACAAAAAGUCUGAUAUUAAACAAGGCAACCAGGAGGCGCCUACCAAAGCCAAAAAGAAGAUGAAAAUAAGAGAGUCCAAACUGUUGCCCCUGGAGGAGGAGGGUGACCGACUGUCGGAUAACGGAGUCGCAGCCUUUGCGUUAAAGGCCAAAGUCGUUUAUCCAAUAAAUCAAAAGUUCAGGCCUCUUGCGGAUGGAGCAUCAAACCCUUCGCUGCACGAGAACUAUAAGAGGACCCGGUUACCCAACCAGAUCUUUGAGGACUCAGCAGAGAGCAGUAUGGAAUCCAUGAGUCAGGGGGAGAAGGAAGAUGGGAGUUCUUCUACGACCAUACAUUCGAAUACCAGUCUGGAUAGAUUCUACGAGAGAAUGUUUCCUCGUGUCAGCAGUUUCCCGGAAGUCCUACAGUGUAAUGGCUGUGAUGUGAAGCUGUGUCUGUACUCUCUGUGUUUGCAAAGCUUACCUCUACUGAACACUGAACUCCGAGAAGAGCAAUACGUGAUGUUUGUCCAGAUUCUCCGUAUAAACCUGAGCGACUUACUGCUGCAGAAAAAGAUUGAUAGAGAACUGUACGCACACGUUAUUUCAUCACAGGAGGCGGAGCUGGAGGAGCUGGAACAGAAGUACCAGUCCAGGUUGAUGUCAAACAAAUCAUACCAUGGGAAAGGUUUAGAGUCUCAAACCAUGGAAGACAUCGAGAGAAGGGAGAGAGAAUAUUCUGACCACCUCAUCCGAAAUUUAGAAGGCUUCUGGAAGCAGAUUGAGAACGUCCAUCAAUUACUUCAUGACAAAGCAAAAUGUUCUUAUGAGGAAGCCGAAAGGAUAAUGAUGAACUUGAUUUUGAAAAUGAUCGCUGUUGAAGGCAUCCUGAGUGAUUCCCAGGAGGAGCUGGCCAUGGAAAUCCAAGAAAAAAUGAUCCGCUGGGAACACAUGGCGAAGAUAGUUGAGUCCCUAAAGUAUCAGAUACAGGAGGAAAGUGAAUGCCGACUUAAUGCAGUUUCCAAAACUCUUGAGCAGCUGACAAUAAAGAAGAAACUGACGGUGAAGCAGAAGGAGCAGCACCUUACACAGCUCUUCAAGGAUUUUUGGGAGGAGGUGUCCCGAUAUAACAAAGAUUCCUAUCAACAAACUAAAGCUGCGAUUGCUGAGCACUUGGGACAUCGCAAUAAACUAAUCGAUAUCCUACAGAAAAAGCAAAUAGAAGAGCGUGCCAACUUCUUAGCCAGGAAUAAAGGUUCUGUAGAUGCAGAUCACUUCAUAAUGGAGUACCAUAAACUUCUAGAAGAUCAGAGGGAACUUCAAGGUGCACUAGAAGAUGAAGAGGACUGUAAAGUCAUUGAUGCUGUUGCUGAACUCGGCAAGGAUCUCUACACAGGAGCCUCGCAGACGUUUGAAAAACUGGUGAAAAAAUUGUUUCUUCAGACCCUUCCUGAAAAUACUAACUUGACAUUAGGGGAGUGUGAAAGCAUGAAACACGAGCUGAGACAAAAUCUGUCUAUUGAACUUGAGAAGGCGGAAAAUGAAAGGAAGACAAAAAUCCGGCUCUUCCAGGAGAUGCUGGUGCAAGAGAAACAGUUGUGGAUAAAGGAACAAGUCCAAUCAUCUGACCUAGACAAAUACGUGUGUGAGACGCAGCAACAGGUCAUCCAAGGAGUCCUAAUCCGACUGAGUGGUCUCAGCGAGGAUUCCAAUAAAUUUGCUCUUCAAAGGCACAAGUUCUUGCUGAGAUCUAUCCUGCGCACGCUCGCUUUGCGGAACAUCGCCAUAGCAACCCUGACCCAAAUGAGAAUGUGGAGGAAGAUUGUCAUUGUCCAGGAGCUGAGAGAGCAGCAUGCCCUGGAGAGAUGCAAAUGGCAUUUACAGGAUGAGGAGCAGUGGCAGACUCAGAAGGAGAUGAAUGCUCACAUCUUAGAAGAAGAGAACAAACUGGAAGAAGAAACCUGGCAAGCGCACAGUGAUUUUCAGCAGCAGCUACUUUUAGAUUUGACAGAUGCAAAUAAUGGCAUCCGGCAUCACAUGGAGCGAACAAUUGGACAAAUGCUCAUACACCGCGCACAGCAGGAAGCAGCAAAGACCAUGAUGGAAGAUAAUGGCGAAUUUAAGGAACGUCUGGUGGAAGCUGCAGUUGAGAGUGUGUAUGUCACAAGCAACAACGUCAACAAGUUAGUCCAAGGCUACAAUGAAAAUAUAGAAAAAAUCUUAAAGGAUCAUGAAAAGGAGAAGAGCAAACAUUUGAAGGCAAUAAAAGAAAGUGCAUCAAAACUGGGAAGCAACCACAAACUCGCCAAAACCAACCCCAUGAAGAAACUUCCGGAACCAUCUUCAAGUUACGAUCUUCAUGAAAAGCUGAUUUCUCAACAAAAGCAGUUGCUGGAAAAGCUCAGACACUUUCAACAGAUCCGUUUGGAAACCCUGAAACAGAAGAAAUCGGUUCUACAUCUUCUAGAAGGACAGCUGGAGAACAAGCUGAAGGAUACAGAACAGGAGUUCAUCGCUGAACUGGCUUCAAUGGCUAGGAUGCGUCUGGCUGACAACAGUUCUUCAGUCAACAGGAACAUGAAUUCUGAACCUUCCAGCAGGAUCCCCUCCAUGAAGAAGUUAAAAUGACCAGGUAGAAGUGUCAGCAGAAGUCAUGAAGCUUGCCGCACAACCGGACACCUGAAUAUGAAACUGGUAUUGAAGUGAACCCCAUCUCCUCUAUGGUACUGGUCUCUACGAGAUGGAUAACUUGUACUGUGGUUCACAACUUCACAUUCAUGGGUGGUCUCCUUAACACCACCGAACAAGGAUGAACAUCAAACCACACAUAAUUGUGACAACUUGUAGUCUGAAGUAAAGUAUGGAAUAGGAAAGUGCGUUGUGAAAAAGAUCUAACGUUCUUCUGACAAACUCGGGCUAAUCCAUCCUCCAUGCACAUGGCUAGUGUCCAAUAAGAACUGCUCUUGGCUAUUUUCGGAACUCUUAUAGUGGUUAGCAGAAGGUGACUGUGCAUGUGUAACUGCUCUCUGUUCAUUUUG